AUGCCUCGGCCUGGAAAGAACUCCUACAGUGACCAGAAACCUCCUUACUCCUACAUAUCUCUCACUGCCAUGGCCAUCCAGAGUUCCCAGGAAAAGAUGCUCCCGCUGAGUGACAUUUACAAAUUUAUCAUGGACAGGUUUCCGUACUACAGGGAGAAUACGCAAAGAUGGCAAAACUCUUUGAGACACAAUCUCUCGUUCAACGACUGCUUCAUUAAGAUUCCGAGAAGACCAGAUCAGCCCGGGAAGGGCAGCUUUUGGGCGCUGCACCCAGACUGCGGAGAUAUGUUUGAAAACGGCAGCUUUUUACGUAGGCGGAAACGAUUUAAACUUUUAAGAUCUGAGCACUUGUCAUCUAAAAACUCACAGAUGCUUCAUUACUUUCACCAUCAGCACCACCCAGCUAAAAUAUCGAUCGGCCCACCAGAGUCUGCCACUGGCGUGGGGAGGCUGCCCCACUUUCAGACCUACAGCCUUAACGGAGCUCAAUCCACAGGAUUCAAGCACCCGUUUGCCAUCGAGAACAUAAUUGGAAGAGAUUACAAGGGCAUGAUGGCCAGCGGCCUGCCAAUAGCUUCAGUGAUGCAUCACCUCGGGUACCCAGUGCCAAGUCAUCUUAGCAACAUGGUCAACAGCAUGUGGCCACAUGUUGGGAUGCUCGACUCCAUGGCACCGAUGCCAAUUUCUGCCGAUUACGGGUCUUUCGGUGUUCCCGUGAAGACGCUCUGCCAUCCCAGCAGCCAAGCUAUGCCAGCUGUCCCUGUGCCAAUAAAGCCCACGCCGUCUUUGGCUCACACUGUACCGGCACUUACAAGCAGCGCGGCGCAAAUCUGCGCGUCCACCGCGUCCGUUGCGCUGCUUGAGCAGACUCUCUCCGACUCGGCGGACGGCAAAAACGGACCGCUGCUGUCCGCCCUAGUGCAUUAA